ACCAACGCUCUGGAUAACAUAACAACAGCCUAGUCAGAGUGAGGUGUUCUCUUAUAUGUGUCUGGAAGUAGCUAGAAAAUUAGCUUGGGUGCCGUUGUGAGGCCAGAACGUUCGGAUCAACCCUACUCCUCGGCCAGAGCGUCCAGUGUGCGCUCUGAACGCUCCGAGAGCGAAACGCUCUGAAUUUACGAACAUCCAGAGGUCACUCCAGAUAGAAUUUACGAACGCACCCAGAGCUGUUGAUCAGUCAGAGCGGCAAUGGAGUCACAGGUAAUGACUAAUCCGGAAGACAUCUCCAAACUCUACCUGGAGUUGAGCCGAUUUCCCUCCCUGACCCGAGCUGACAUAGGGCCAGUCAUAACAUCCCAGUAUGGAGGAAAAUACAGCAACAUCUACACAGAAUGGAGUCAGCGGGAUCUGGAGAGGAACGAGAAUGUCAAGUUCUGUCGGCAGUACAUUGUGUUUCACGACGACAAGUCAGUGGUCUACUCUGGACCCUCAGGAAACUGCACAGAGAUCAAGGGAGAGUUGCUGAGUAAAGACUCUCCAUCAGGAGACAUGAAGGCGGUGGUGAGAGAGAGCAACAUCAAAGGAGAGGACAAACAGUUUCUGGAGAUCUGGAGUAAGAACAUCAAAGUGAAGAGCAUCAACCUGACAGCUCUGAAGAAACAUGGCAAGGUCUAUGAAGACGACCAGUUUGGCUGCCUGGUGUGGUCCCACUCUGAAACUCACCUGCUGUAUGUGGCUGAGAGAAAGAGACCCAAGGCAGAGUCCUUCUUCCAGUCAGUUGCUCUUGAGUCCUGUUCUCUUGCUGAUGAAGAGGAGGGGGUGAAAAUGGGCAAGGAGGAGGAGACCACAAAGGGGGAGCAGUUUGUGUUUUAUGAGGACUGGGGGGAGACCUUGGUCAGUAAGAGUUCUCCUGUGCUGUGUGUGUUGGACAUCGAGGGUAGCAACAUCUCUGUGCUAGAGGGAGUCCCGGAUAACAUCUCGCCAGGCCAGGCGUUUUGGGCUCCGGGUGACACAGGCGUGGUGUUCGUGGGCUGGUGUCAUGAGCCCUUCAGACUGGGCCUCAAAUACUCGCCCAACCGCAGGUCCUCCUUGUUCUAUGUUGACCUGACUGGGGGAAAGUGUGAGCAGCUUUCAUCAGGCUCCAGUGCUGUGUGUUCCCCCAGGCUCAGCCCAGACCAGUGCAGGAUCAUCUACCUGGAUAGUGCUGUCUACGGACCUCACCAGCAGUGUAGCAGGCUCUGUAUGUAUGACUGGUACACCAAGAAGACCUCCAUGGUGGUGGACGUGGUAAAGAGACCCAGAGAUGAUGGCUUUACCGGGAUCUACAGCUCGUCUCUGUCUCCUCUGUGCUGGUCAGCUGACAGCCAGCGCAUCCUGGUCUCCUGUCCACAGGGCAGCCGCAAGGAUCUGCUGUUGGUGGAAACGACCACAGGGACCGUCACCUCUCUGACAUCAAAGGCUCCAGUGGGCAGCUGGUCAUUGCUGACCAUAGAGAGAGACCUGAUGGUGGUCAGCUGGUCUUCCCCUAACUGCCCCCCCAGCCUGAGGGUGGGCUUCCUGCCACCGGGUGGUUCCAGUGAGGAGGUGGACUGGGUCAUGCUGGAGGAGUCUCAGACCCAGCCUGAUAUCGAUUGGCAGAUCCUCAACUUCACCCCACCCCCAGAGCAGGACAACAGCCAAUACCCUGGUCUGGACUUUGACGCCCUCCUGCUGAAACCAAAGGAUGUGAAGGAGGGAGUGAAACUGCCACUCAUAGUCACCCCACAUGGUGGUCCUCACUCUGUGAUUGUAGCAGACUGGCUGCUCUCUUCCUCGGUGCUGUGCAGGAUGGGCUUUGCUAUCCUACUGGUGAACUACCGCGGCUCCAUAGGCUACGGCCAGGACAGUAUCCUCUCUCUACCUGGUAAUGUGGGCACUCAAGACGUCAAGGAUGUUCAGUUUGCCGUGGAGAGCGUUCUGAGGGACGGGGCGUUUGAUGAGCAGAAGGUUGCGGUUGCCGGGGGAUCCCACGGCGGAUUCCUGGCCUGCCAUCUGAUUGGCCAGUACCCAGAGUUCUACAAGGCCUGCGUGGCUCGGAACCCUGUCAUCAACCUGGCCUCCAUGAUCGGUAGCACCGACAUCCCAGACUGGUGUAUGGUGGAGGCUGGCUAUAACUACAGUACAGAUUGCCUGCCUGACCCUGCGGUCUGGGAGCAGAUGUUAAACAAGUCUCCUAUCAAACAUGUCAAACAGGUGAAGACUCCUGUGUUGCUGACUCUGGGAGAGGAUGAUAAGCGUGUGCCCCCUAAGCAGGGCAUUGAGUACUACAGAGCCUUGAAGGCACUAAAAGUCCCAGUGCGGUUGCUAUGGUACCCAGGGAACAACCACUCCCUGUCCAAGGUGGACGCGGAGUCUGAUGGCUUCAUGAACAUCGCUCUCUGGAUGACCCAGCACCUCUCUCUGUGACGAUACCAUUAGCGAUAGCAUGCUAACAACAGGAUGCUAAUCUGUAUAAAAACGGUGUGAGGGUCAGGCCAAAGCGCUCAGGGUGCACUUCAACCAAAAAGCACUUACUGUAGGCUACCUGCACUAAGUCAUCUGUGAUUAGGUCAUCUGCGUCAGUUUAUAGCUUUGUAAUUACAAUACAAGUUCUUGUCCUAUAUCAAAUAUGAAACUUGAAACACAUUGA